CUAUUCGCGGUCUCUCGAUUAGAAGAUCGAUACGUACGAGGCCUCUCAUUACGGAUGGGGUGAAAGAUGACUUCGAUUCAAUGGAAUGCUGAGACAAAGACUCGUCUUAACGAGAAGGUAUCACAGAACAUCGGAGAUCUUGGCUCUUUGACCAGAUAUGUGGUCAGGUCAUCAAAAUCAAGCGAGCUGUUAGCUCAAGCAGAAAAAAAUUUUACAUACCAAGAAAAUAUCAUUCAAAACUCCUCAGAGUCAUUGAAGAAAAUGAUGAAUAUCAAGACACAACUUGAAUUCCAACAAGCAGCCAUGGUUCGAAGUAUGAGUACUAUUGAUGACAUUCAGGAUAUCCUUAAGACUAUACAACGCUGACGUGGAAAUCACCUAGAACUGGUGGACUGGUCCUCCUCUAUUUGAAUAACUAGGAGCUGUUACAGGGAUUAUUGAAACCAGUGAACUUGUCUACAGACAUGUAGUGGAAGGAUAGCUUAUAUUUCCAGGGAGAAAUGUCACACUGUGAUCAGAAUAUCCCAAACAGAUAUCUAAGUCUGUGUCAUGGUACAAGUAGGCAAUAUCAGUCGUUUUCAGAUUUAAUGUAAUUUAUUAAGAUAUUUACUAAUAUGAAAUAUGCACUUGUUCAAACUAUUCUUGUACAUUAAAAUGAAAAAAGAUUAACAUAAA